GUAGUAAAUGCUAGCGAGUCAAACGCUAGCUAAUCGGAAGUGACGACGUAAUUUUCAAAACAGUCAGUGCUGUCUGGCGGUACGAGUCUUUUGUCAAUUUAUAGAAAAAAGUUAUCAAGAUGACUUCGAAAAUCCCCAGAUCAGGACAAGGUAAAUUAGAUGGUGUAUUCAAGCCCCAUAACGAAAAUGCACCAAGAAAAAUCCCUACAACCAAAAAACAAAAAGGACCACCUAGCAGGUAUGGGCAACAGUCAGAUAUCAGGGACCAGAAUCAGCUUUUGGUGGUUGUCAAUGAGGAGCUGCAGAGGAACCUUACUGAGACUAAGCAAAGAAUGGCCCAGCUGGAGCAGCAGUGCAGUGAUCUCAAAGGGGAGAAUGGAAACUUCCAGAAAGAACUGAAGGACUGCCACGUGUUGCUUGUCGCUGGAAAUAUUGACCCUGUUCUGGGUGAAAGAAUUGGACAAACUACACAACAAAAUGAAGAUGAAAGAAAAGAGGUGGUGAAUGUAUCCAAAGAUCUUUUGGGAGAAUUGAACACUUUCUGUGACAUGACAACAGAGCAAAGUGAACGCGUUGAUGAAAUCCAAAACACCAUGAAAGAUCUCAAAGAAGCUCGGGAGCUUCUGUCGCAGGAGAGGGAGAGCCUGUCUUUGGAAGUUGAAGAAAUGGAGAAGGCUCUUGAGGAAGCAGAUAUGCUUUUAGUAAAAUAGACAGACUGUGGGUGUUAAUAUUUUUUUAUUGAUUGUACAUUGAAAAAAUGAAUGACAAGGGGGGGGGGGGUAAAUAAAGAUUUUACAUUG